CGAUCCCUUGUAGUCGUGAAUUAUUGACUACUUGAUCUAUAGCAACAUCACACACGUCGCAAGCAGAAUCUGGAAAAUCGAGGACAGAGAGAUGGGCAACUCUCAAUCAUCUUCAACUGACCCUCGUUUCGCUUCUGCUUCUAGAGCUUUCACACAACAUGGAUUGCAAGAACUUAAAUCACAAUUUCUGUCACUUGCCACCCAAUCUCAAAGUAAUGAUCAAUUUAUAUCUCCCUCCGUUUUCAAGGCUUUUUUCAAAAUUCCUGGUAUUUUGGGAGAUCGGAUGUUUGAUUUAAUGACCCAGAAACGCCAUGAUCAUAAGUUAACAUUUGAAGAUCUUGUUAUUGCUAAGGGGACUUAUGAAAAAGGGACAAAAGAUGAGAUUGAACAAUUUAUAUACCAGUUAUUGGAUGUUACUGAUGAUGGUAAAAUUGACAGGUCUGAUCUGCAAGCGGUUUUAGCUGCUAUUCUUGACGACUUGUUUCCUCCCAAGGAUGACUCUGGGGUGAGAUCAAGUGAGUGCAUCAUAGACGCAAUCCUAAAUGCUGCAACAUUCUCAAAGGAUGAUGGAGGAGGUGAUACGAAUAGUAUGUCAUUUGAGGACUUUAAAGACUUUUGCCACCAUAUUCCAUCCUUCGGGAAGUAUCUCGGAAGUUUGUUGCUGCCACCUGAUCCAGGGAGGACGGGUUCUCAAGUUCCUAGUCUACUGUUAUCUAAAUCUUAUGAUUCCAACCUAAUACUGAGGGAGGAAUAUGCUUGGCUCAUCGGGGGGCUUCUCACUCAGCUAGAGCUCGUGGAGUGGAAACUUCUGUACCACAGUUCAUAUCAUGGCCAGAGUUUCAACACAUUCCUGGGCAAUGUCUCGGUCGAUGAAGGUCCAACUUUGCUGAUAAUCAAGGAUACAGAUGGCUACAUAUAUGGAGGUUAUGCUUCCCAGCCAUGGCAAAAGCACAGUGAUUUCUAUGGAGAUCUGAAGUGUUUUCUGUUUCAGCUUCAUCCAAAGGUGUCAAUCUUCCGGCCAAGUGGAGCAAAUAACAACUUGCAAUGGUGCGCUGUUAACUAUAGUUCAGAGUCUAUCCCGAAUGGAAUCGGAUUUGGAGGGAGAGUAAACCACUUUGGCCUCUUCCUAACAGCGAAUUUCGAUGCCGGGCAAACCUUCGAGUGUACUACAUUUGGAAGUCCUGGCCUUUCUAAAUCCAACAGGAUAACCCCGGAAGUAAUAGAAUGUUGGAGUGUUUUCCCAAAAGAAGUGCAAGAGAAAGGGAGCAAUGCACUCAAAGGUACUGUUCUAGAUAGGUUCAAGGAAGACCGAAACAUGCUUAACUUGGUUGGCCUUGCGAAUUCCAGUCAGUAACAUACCUAAAUGAUAUUAUUGGCCAAAAUGCUCAUAUCGAUUUUGUCUUUGACUCUUAUCAGGCCAUGGUUCCCCCUUCCCCCUAUUUUAUUGUUUCACCCAUGUUGUGAAAUUGUGAUUUGUGUAUCUACGGUUUCGAAUGACAAUGUAUGAUUUUGGAGUCUACUGUAACUGAAAGCUUUUUUUCUUGUGUAAUUACAUUUGCUCAAAUGGUUUCCACUUUCCCAUACACUGGCACAGAAAUUCUGUUUUCCUA